AACUAGAAUUCAAAGAGACUUAAAAACUGAAGAGGAGCAAAAACAGGAUUCAAAGAUAGGUGCCAUAGUAAAUUCCUUUAAGAAUCAAGAAGAGGUUCAAAUUUUUCGUAAAAAACAUCGAAUUCGGGUGUACGGAACGGACAUCCCGUAUCCAUUUAGGUCAUUUCAAGAUCUGGUCACCCAAUAUGAAAUUAAAUUGUACUUGCAAAAAAAUCUUCAAAACGCGGGAUAUUCACAGCCAACUCCGAUACAAAUCCAAAGCAUUCCCGUGUCAUUGCAUGGACGCGAUUUAAUGGCAAUGGCACCUACAGGAUCUGGAAAGACGCUUGCGUACCUAUUACCAAUUUUACAUGAUUUGAAGGGACCCGAAAAGAUGGGGUAUCGCGCAUUGAUUAUUUCUCCUACGCGUGAAUUGGCACAACAAAUUUAUCGAGAAAUCAAAAAACUGAGCAUUGGCAAGAAAUUCAAGAUUUGUAUGCUUACAAAAGCAAGUGCAGCCACAAUUGCACAGGCUCCUCAUUUGAGACAGAAAUUUGACAUACUAAUUAGCACACCACUUCGUCUUGUUCACGCAAUCACAGAGGAAAAUAUCGAAUUAAAAAAUGUUCGACACUUGAUUCUCGAUGAAGCAGACAAACUAUUAGAACUUGGAUUUUUAGAACAGACAGAUGAAAUAAUAAACGCGUGUUCGAAUCCAAGAAUCGUAAAGUCUUUGUAUAGUGCUACGCUGCCUUCCGGUGUCGAAUCUUUAGCUAAUACUAUUAUGAAGGAUCCUAUUCGUGUAGUUGUUGGUGUAAAAAACGCGGCAACUGAAACCAUAAAACAAAAAUUAUUAUUUGUCGGCCAAGAAGAAGGAAAACUAAUCGCGAUCCGACAGCAAAUUCAACAAGGACUAAAACCACCCGUGCUGAUAUUUGUGCAAUCUAUUGAACGCGCAAAAGAAUUGUUUCAUGAGUUGAUUUAUGAUGGGAUCAAUGUCGAUGUUAUACAUGCUGAAAGAACAAAAGCUCAGAGGGAUUCUAUAGUCCUCAACUUUAUGCAAGGAAAAAUUUGGGUGCUCAUAGCUACCGAACUAAUGGCACGCGGUAUGGACUUCAAAGGUGUAAAUUUGGUGGUGAAUUAUGAUUUUCCGCAGUCGGUGCAAAGUUAUAUUCAUCGUAUUGGAAGAACCGGGCGUGCGGGUAGAAACGGGGAAGCUGUCACUUAUUUCACAAAAGAUGAUGCUCCGUUUUUGAAGAGUAUUGUAAAUGUAAUGAAAGAAUCUGGAUGUGAAGUUCCAGACUGGAUGCUCACCCUAAAACCACCAUCACAAAAUGCCAAAAAGCAAGUACGUCGGAAACCAAUUGAUCGACGCACGAUUAGUACCGUUUCGAAAUAUGAUUUGGAAAAAAUUAAACGGAAAAAGGAGAUCGUUGAAGCUUCAAAAAAGCGAAAAUCUAAUACUGUCGGUGAUAAUCAAAACAUUGAAAAGAAUGAAAGAAAUAAAUCAAAAAGUAACGAUACCAAUAAUAAUAAAGAUCAAAAGGACGAUCAUCACGAAGCUAGUGACGCUGAAAAGCCGAAAACGAAAAAACGUAAAAAGUCCAAAUUAAAUACAAAAUGA